GCAAGGGAGAAAGAAAAAAGAGGAAAAGACAGAAAGUGCACAAUUCAUAACAAGCCAAAUUUGCUUUGUGUAUUUUGGUCUUGUACGUGCCAUGCCAGCUUUCAAAGCAACCCUUUAAUUUCUAAUCCACAAAAUUCUUCUCUCUUUCUCAUUCACACACACACAAACAAGUCCUGAAAUUUCCACACUUAGUAGGAAACUAACUAUGCUUACCAAAUUCUUGAUUUGGAUGUGUAUAUAACUUUGAAGUAAAUCCACCUUGAGAUCUAUUCACCUAUAAUUCUCAUCUUUGUCUUCCUUUUCUAGUACAGCUUUUUUUAUGAUUAAGAAUCGAACUCGGUAGCUCAGAGUUUACAACAGUCAUACACACUGUUCAUCAACCACUUACGCUAGCUAGACCACGAAGCAGACUCUAGCUAGCUGUAAGAUUUGAGUCAUAGAGAUGAUGAAAGGUUUGUCGGUGGAUGAAAAUAUGUCAAAUUUGACAUCUGUUUCAAGUGAAAUAAGUCCUUCUAAUUCAGCAACCAAGAAUGGAAAAGCUUCAACAAAUCUAGAACCACAAACCAAAAGGAAGAGAAAUCUUCCUGGUCAUCCAGACCCUGAGGCAGAAGUGAUAGCUUUGAGUCCCCAAACUUUGUUGGCAACAAACAGGUUCAUUUGUGAGAUUUGUAACAAAGGUUUUCAAAGAGAUCAAAAUCUUCAGCUUCAUAAAAGAGGACAUAAUUUACCAUGGAAACUAAAGAAAAGAAACAGCAAAGAAAUCAUAAGAAAGAAAGUAUAUGUUUGUCCAGAAUCAACAUGUGUUCACCAUGAACCUUCAAGAGCACUUGGUGACUUAACUGGAAUCAAGAAGCACUUUUUUAGGAAGCAUGGUGAGAAGAAAUGGAAGUGUGAGAAGUGUUCUAAACGUUAUGCAGUUCAAUCUGAUUGGAAAGCUCAUUCUAAAAUUUGUGGCACUAAAGAGUAUAAGUGUGACUGUGGAACCCUUUUCUCAAGAAGGGACAGUUUCAUCACUCAUAGAGCCUUCUGUGAUGUUUUAUCACAAGAGAGUGCAGCACUAAACCCUCUUUUCUCUUCUCAUAGUUUCCAACUACCAUCCCUAAAAAAAGAACAAGACUUCAAUAUUAUAAGACCAGAAAUAAUACCAUCAUGGUUCCCUUCUUCAAGUACACCACAACAAUUACUCCCUACUCAUUUUAGCCAUUAUCAUCAAAACCCUAACCCUACAAAUUUGUUUCAUUCAAAUUUCAACUCCAACAAUAUUAUCACUACUUCUUCUCCUCACAUGUCUGCCACUGCUUUACUGCAAAAAGCAUCACAAAUUGGUGUAACAGUAAGCAAAACAGAACCUUGCAUACCCCACUUAAUGCAAACUCACGUGCCUUAUAUGACUUCACGUGAUCAUGAAAUAGUGAAUAGUACUGCUGGUUUUUCUCACUAUUUGGCUUCAUAUGGAAAUAAAGCUGUUACUAAUACAGAAGAAUCUUCUCUUUUGCUGCAUGAUGUGAUAUUUGGUAAUGAGAAUUCUUCAUCACAUUCAUCACAAUUUGAAAGUGUUAAUGCUGCUAUGAGUAUGAGGGGAAUGUUUGAUCCACAAAUAGAUAAUAAUAACUUUCAGAGUCAACAAUAUUCCAAUUUUGGUAAAAGCAACAUUAUUAAGAGUGGUGGUGCCAUAGUCAAUGAUGAUGAAAUGACAAGGGAUUUUUUGAGUCUUGGUGCAUUUUCACAAAGAGAUGACUUGUUGUUUAGUAUUUCUGGAAUUGAUGAUCCUUUGGGUUCUUUAUCAUAUGGUAAGCAAAAUCAAAACCAAACUCCUUGGCGUCGAGGCUAAACAUGGUACGAAGUAUAUAUAUUUGUUUAGCAGGAACCCGUGUGACACACAUGAUUGAUUAUUCCCUCACAACCGAUCGAGUUCCUUUCCACGCUGACCAACCACAUCUUGCUAGUAGGUUAAUCAUGAAAUUGAAUUCAAUGUAGUCGGGUUGUUGACACAUUCACGCAAUCAGAAAUAUUGAUAGUCAUCCGAUCUUGACCAGAAGGGCAAAAAAAAAAAGCAAACUUCAAUUUUUGGUUUAUAUUUUAAAAAUAUCAAGUUUAAAUUUACACGGUUCCAUCUUGAUCGAACGACUAUCGAUGACUGAUUGUGUAAAUGCGGAGAAGUUUUGACUACAAAGAGAAUGUGAUCUAUUAAUCAUGACUAGAGAUCGAUUAAUUUUCUAUCCAAAGAGGAAUUCAGAAUAAAUCUAUCUUUUUUAUUUCGACGCAAGAAUAAAUCUAUCUAUGCACUUGAUAUUUGGAGUUCUUCA